UCGGAACGGUUGGAUGCUCUUUCUUCGAGCGGGCGCAAACUGUUAGUUAGUCAUCGGGAUUCGGUAUCGGUUUCGUGUGUGGUGUUGGCGGCAUCCUUUUGGCAUCAACUGCCAGUUGAGAGAUUUUCAUCGGUUAGUGUUCAGUUCAUUUUGAACCAUCAGCCUGAGUGGAAGGACUUUCGGUAAUACACUAAUCUCACAAUUCGAUCGGAUUGCCUCGUUGUUAAGGGGGAUGCUUGAAGAUUAGGAUCCAAUCCAAUUUCAAUCAAGUUUCCGGGUUUUGGAUUUCGGUAUCGAACGGACAAAACGGAUUGUGGUGCGUGAUUUGAAAAAAAAAGGAAAGGCGACGAUUGGAUGCUGAUACCACCCAUGGUUCCGAACAUGGAAUGAUCAUCAACGACCAUCGAUAAUUUUUGCCGGAAUUGGACGACGACGACGACGACGACGACGACGGCGACGCUACGGAAAAUUGAACAAAAGUCUCAAGCAACAAGUCCCCAUCAGGCUCGAAAAGCCACUGGCGGUGAAGAAGAUUAAUAUCCAUUACAUGCCAGGCUGAUGUUGCGGCGGAAAACUUUAUCUAUCAUCGAGUGGAAUUCCCUGCAAGCUCAUGAACGUCGUCGGUGUGUGUCUGUGUCUGUGCCGUGGUGCUCCUGUGGUCCCUAUUAAAUGAGUGUUAACCAAUCGAGCGGUAGUUAACCCAGAAGAACGACCCAUUAGAUGGUCGUGAUUCGAAGAAAGAAAACGAAUACUUCCCAUCCUCCGUGUUUUCAGCCCCGAAGAAAAUUACUCUGGAAAUGAGCAGUUGAAGUGGUUUCCUCCCCCCUUUUUCCUCUCCGUAUAUGGUAGCAAUUUCCCUCCCAUCUUAAGUGAAUUGAGGAAGUCACCGAGCGAGGGUACAUGAGUGAGUAUGCGAAACGUGUGCGUGAAUCAGUGAAAAGUGCCCGCCCGAUCGUAAUAAUAAUUUAUCAAAGUGCUCUCGGGUGCAUUCACGCGCGCAACAAGGCAGUCAGUAGUGUAACGUGCGAUUUCGGUCCACGAUUGAUGCCCCAUUAGUGGGUGCUCCGUUCCGCUGGGGCAACUACUAGCACCAUUAGUCGAGAUUGCUCAAGUGGUGGGCGGUGAUGCCACAGCCAGCACCGCCUCCACAACGUUUCUUCCGGGUGUCCUGGCGAACGCAACAGCAAACGCAAAAACGACGACCUCAAGACUUUUAGACGCACUCAGCGAAACCGUAGGGAACCUCCUAGCAGUCAACGGUUCGGACGCAGACGCCAACGCCGACCAUCCGGAUUACAACGGGAGCUCUGCGUUCGAGUACGGUGGUAGGUUCAGUCGAUUGGUCCUGAAUGCUACGGGGCAGGUGUUUGAAAAUGAGUUCAUCAACGGCAGUGGCGUUCACAGUGGCAGCAGCAACGCCGGCACCGGCAUCAACGGAAGCAGCAACCAGUCCUACAGCGAAAUGCCACAGAUUCCGGAGUAUAUCCGUGCGACUUCGAUGGUGUUCUGCAUUAUCAUCAUGUGCUUGGGGGUUAUCGGUAAUAUUAUGGUCCCGAUCGUCAUCCUCAAGACAAAAGAUAUGCGCAACUCGACCAACAUCUUCCUAACCAACCUAAGCAUCGCCGAUCUCCUGGUGCUGCUCGUCUGCACGCCCACCGUUCUGGUCGAGGUGAACUCACCACCCGAAGUCUGGGUGCUGGGAGAGGAAAUGUGUAAAGCGGUGCCAUUUGUGGAGCUGACGGUGGCCCACGCAAGUGUCCUGACGAUCCUGGCGAUAUCCUUCGAGCGGUACUAUGCCAUCUGUGAGCCGCUGAAGGCCGGUUACGUCUGCACCAAGGCACGAGCCCUGAUUAUCUGCUUGGCCGCGUGGACCGUGGCCGCCAUACUGACGAGUCCGAUACUAUUGUUCGCCGAGUACAGCGUCGAGCAGUAUCCGGAUGGAAGCCGGGCGGCCGUAUGCCUCACGAAGGCUUCCAACGUGUGGACGAUGACCUUCUUCCUGAUGACCAUAUCGCUGUUCUUUAUGCUACCACUGAUCAUCCUGGUGGUGCUGUAUGCCAUCAUCGCCAAGAAUCUCAUCGCCAGUAACAAUUCGCGGAUGAAGAUCCGCCUCAGCAAACCGGAACUCAGCUACAAGGCGCGGAAGCAGGUGGUGCUGAUGCUGGGUGCAGUGGUGCUAGCAUUCUUCACCUGUCUGCUUCCGUUCCGAAUGCUCACCCUGUGGAUCAUUAUGGUUUCCGAGGAAACAUUCCAAAAAUUAGGCGUAGAAAAGUAUUACAAUUUGCUGUACUUUAGUCGUAUCAUGCUCUACCUCAACUCGGCUGUCAACCCGAUACUGUACAACCUGAUGUCGUCCAAGUUCCGAAAGGGCUUCCUGCGGCUGUGCCGAUGCACUCGCCUGUGGGGACACCCCCUGCGACGAAGGGGUGGGAAAGUACGCGGCAGGUCAGCCACAUUUACAACCACUACGACCUCUUCGUAUCUGACGAGCUCAUCGAUUCGGAAAAGCAGUGAAAAGUACACAUUAUCGCUGGACGAUUUGCGCUUUCAGCAGCUCCCAGCAUCUAAUGGGCUCCUAAGGGCGGCGAAUGGCGACGGUUCAGCAAAGCCGCCGGUCUCCGGUGGCGGCAGGGAUGCCUCAUCCAAUGUCGUCGUUGUCGUCAGCGACGACGAGGAACCCUUCCAGUUAAGUAGAUUCUAUCGGAUGAAUCUGCUGCGACAGUAUUCUACUCCGCUGCUGGCAUGCUAUGGGGAUGGUAGUGGGGACCGGGGGAGGACACUGUUGCCUUCGACGGGGACGACCGGGAUCAAUAACAACAAAUCUGUUGAAAGUGCGGUCAAGCGGCAGUACAACGUGACCUUUGGGGAAACCGAAAGAGAUAACAACGGCUUGGUUGCCGCUGCGAACGGGGGAGUUGUCCUGGAGCCGGCUCGCAGUAAUCCAUUUAAUCUUUGGAAAUUGAAAUUUAUCUGGCAGCAGCCUCAGCCAGAACACAGACAGCACUCACAUGUUGCACAUGGCGGCGGGAGGGUGGUGCCGAAUGCUUCCAGACCGAUGAAGCAAAUGUCACUCGAUGAAAGCUGGUUGGCGACGCGGGGGGAGAAUCGGUGCAUGGUGAGAGGUGGCGUUGGGUCCGACGAUGUCUAGAAUGGCUUGGAUUUGGAGGCGUGUG